AGGGAUUUUGUGUGACCCCCCCCCAGUGCUAUUUAAGUUGAGCUUGAGGUCUAGAAGGCACUUGGGAUGUUUUCUCUUGUGUUCUGUUUGUGCUUUUCUGCUCUAGGCUGGUUGAGCCGAGUGCCAACAUGGGGAGCAGCUUCAGCAGGCAGAUGUUCUGCGUGCCUUGUGGGAGAUGUCUGAAACAGGAGGAAGCAAACGAAGAGAUCAGUGAGACCAAGCCAAUUCUGCAGGCCUCAGGGGGACCGUCGCUGUGUGUUGGUACACCACCUCCCGCACCAGCCCUGCAAGUGUCUAAGCAAGGCUCUGAGGAGGUGCAGUCACUGAGCCAGGAUGCACAGCCAUCAGCUGAUGCUGUGGAGGAAAACACGGAGCCCUCCUCUGCUGCGGAUGCCAUGGGAAUGACUGAGGGGUGGGAGGCAGCCUGGGGCUCCACAGGCUUCUUGGUAGCCCUUGAAGAUGGGGAGAGCAAAGGAGAAGCUGAAGUCUUAACCCAAGCAGGCAACCAGAAAGAGGGAGAGCAAGUGGGGAACAGGGAAGAGAAAAUGAAACCUGUUCCUGGUGCUUCUGAGCUCCAGGUUGUUGCACCCACCACUCGGGAUGCUGAGCUGGUUGGAGCCAGAGAGCAGCCUGAUGAGCAGGCAGGGGCUGGCAGUAAGGUUAGCCCAAGUGCUCUCCCAGGAAAUAGUCUCCCCUUUGUCCUCAGCUUCAAAGAAAUCCUAAGUGAGACGGCAACUGGCCAAGACUGUGAGCCCAAACCUCCUGCAGGGACUGCAGAGAGCCUCAUAGAAAGAAACUUGCCACCAUGUGCUGUGCGGAUGGCGGAGGAGACUGACACCGACCUUUCUGCUGAGCAUGUGGAGGAGCCAGAAAGGACUAAGCUUGCUGAAGUAAGUCCUCAGACAGCUGAGAGAGCUGAGCUUCCACCUCUGGUAGAGGUAGAGACAGCAUCUCCCCUGCCUAUGCAGGCGGCCAGGGAGACUGUGGAUGCUUUGGCAAUCCCAGCUGAGAUGAACUCUGCUUCUGCAAUGCCUUGGGAGUCCCUGUGUCCAGAGGGGGCAUCUCUUGAGCCAGCAAACCAGCUGCUUGACUUCCUAGAGCAAGAGACCCAGUCUACUAUGGGAACUGCAGAGGGGAUGGAGAGCUUGUGCUGUGCACAGCCUGUGGAACAGAGCGGGGUUUCGUGCUUCCAUGAACUGGAAGAUGAGCACAGGGGAUGUGAUACAGAAACUGCAGCAAGUGAGGCAAAGCCACAGCAACAAGCAGAGCUUCCAGCAGAGCCAGUAACUUGUGUUCAGAUACCUGUAAAGCAAGAUGCUGGCUUCCUAAAUGUGACCCCCUCACUGUCUGAGGAGCCUGGGAGUAGUGGAGAAAGAGAAGCUGAGAAUGUUGAAGCCUGAGAGACCUGAAGAUGGAAUGGCCUGCUGUCAAACAUGUGUUCAGUGGCGAGCGUGAUGCACUUGCCUUGAGGAAUUUCAGCCAUAGGAAGCAACUCAAACUGUUGAAUUGGGAUUUUGUAAGAUGUUUUUGACUUCUGAGAGCAGUCUUGCUAAACAGAUAGGUGAUAGUAGUAGAUGUUUCGUAUCUUCUCCUGAAUUCCAGCUGAGAUGCAGUUCCAGUUCUUCCUCUUUCCAGCAGCUGUUUUUCAGGAGAUCAUGCCCUACUGGGAGAGAAGAGAUUCACUUCAGCUGUGAGUUCACAGUGGUGAUGUUGGGCACUGCAUUCCCCCAGUGAGGCAUGAUGUUCCAUCUCUUAAGAGUCUGGGAAUGGAGAAGACAAAUGCUCCUUUAAUCCAGCCCAGUCAGAUGUUUUCUGUGAGGUCAAGAGUUUCUUCCUUUGCUGCCUGGAAAUAACCACAUGUUUGAGCUACCUCCCUGCAUACCCCUCGUGUGCAGCUCAUAGUCCCUGGUUUGUUGUCAGUAUUAAACAAGGUGAUGAAAUGAUGGUUUGCUCUUGUCACGGUGGUAGCAUUAAUGGAAUCUGUACCCCUUCUGCAGAAGUGAGAAAUGCAGUCUUGGUCAGAAUGCAGAAGUCACGGUAUUGCAGCUUAAAUCUACUGACUUUUAAUGUUUCUACCUUUGUACUACCAAUAAAAUAUUUUAAGAUCAUGGCAAAACCCUAUCCUGAA